AUGAUGAAUUUGUCUGAGCAACAAAAGCAACAGAUCGAAUUAAAUCGACAAAAAGCUUUGGCUCGGCUCAAGCAGAGAGGCAUAAUAAAGACACCUCAACAGCUACCAGUGAGUAGUACGAAGCAAAAUGCACUCCCUGCAGAAAAUGGGAACAACAAAAGAUCCUUUGAACCAACUCCGGAACAGAAGCAGGCUAUUCAGGUAAAUAGGGAAAAGGCCCAGGAAAGACUAAAGCAACGUCAGCAGAACCUUAGGGACGCAUCUAGUAAUGAAAAUUCAACUAUCGAACAGCAGAAAAAGCCAUUAGAAAAGAUACGACCUAGUGUCCGCAGGCAAGAUUAUAUUGAGUACGAUUUUUCAACAAUGAAGAACUCCUACGGAGGGUUUAUUAAUUCAGAGGAGAUGUUAGAUGGCGGAGAUUCUAAAAGAGCGAAGACUUUGGAGGAUUGGCAAGAGGAGCAAAAAAAUCGUAGGAUGCUUUUUGAGGAAGAAAUGCCCGCUUUUAACAUGUCAUCAGCUCCGAGAUGUGACGAAUGCGGUAUCAAUAUCGAAAUGGAUCCAUUAAUGAAGAAGGUCUUUCAUCUUCAGAUUUGCAAAACAUGUGUGAAAAACCAUCCUGAGAAAUAUUCCUUAUUAACGAAAACAGAAUGCAAGGAGGAUUAUUUCGUAACGGAUCCUGAACUUUCUGAUGUGUCAUUGUUGGAUAGAUUAGACAAACCUAAUCCCCACUCGGGGACAUUUUCUAGGAUGCAAUUAUUUGUAAGAUGUCAAGUCGAACAGUAUGCAUUCAAGAAAUGGGGAGGCGAAGAAGGGUUGGACAAAGAGUGGCAGCGCCGUGAAGAGGGAAGGAGCGUUAGGAAAGAAAAAAAAUAUCAACAGAAGUUGAAAGAAAUGAGACUUAAAACUAGAGCACAAGAGUAUACAACUCGACUCAAGGAAUUCAAACAUGGGAAGAAACAUGUGCAUGAUUUCAGUGACGCAAGAGACGGAGGAGUCAACAUGGAUGGUGUAAAGGUUCAAAUACGGAGAUGUCUAGAUUGUGGACUCGAAAUUGAAGAGAUCGGAUUAUAA